CAAGAAAAGAAAAAAAAAAAAACAGAAACAUUAAACAAAUGUCAUUAGGUGCAUCAUGUCAUAAAAAAGAAAAAAACUGAGAUUUAAUCACAAAAAUUGAAGUUAAACCUCUGCCGGAUGGACCAAGAAGAGAUGAUUUGGGUCUAAACGUAUUCAGUCCUCCCCUCCCUCUCCUAAUCUUCAUGCGCAAUGGAAGGCACAAGCUUUCAAACCCUAAAAUUCAAAAUUUACAUAAGGACACCCGUAAAAGGAGAAUAAGAUAAAUCCAUACAAAGACGGCCCAUAAAAAAACACAACCCAUUGGGAGGCCAUUUUGACUUUUUUUGCCUCCACAUCGUCAAGCGGUUCUUGUUUCCAGCGGUUUUCUUAAUUACUCACUUGGAGUCCCUCUUCUCUUCUGCAAGAGCAAGCAUAAAGCGCGGAUGAUGUAGUGAUCCGAGAAAUGGAGGUAAGCCUCUGGUUCAAAUUGGCAGUCCUAGUCGUAGUCCUACUUUUUGUGCUGGUGCCAAAGUUAACAUUUUUUCACAAGCUCGAUCGAAGCCCAAAGAACCUGCCACCUAGUCCACCAGCUCGUCCUAUUGUAGGUCAUCUCCACUUGUUAAAGCAACCGGUACACCGAACUCUACAUGAACUUUCUAGUAAGUAUGGUGACAUCUUAUUGCUUCGAUAUGGGACUCGUAAAGUCCUAGUCAUUUCCUCACCUUCUGCAAUUGAAGAGUGCUUUACUAGAAACGAUGUCAUAUUUGCAAACCGCCCUCAGUCGCUUGCUGGAAAGCAUCUCAAUUACAACUCUACGACUAUGGGUUUCUCCUCCUAUGGUGACCACUGGCGCAAUCUCAGGCGCCUCACAACCGUAGAGCUUUUCUCUACUGCUCAUACUGCAAUGUUCUCAGGUAUCCGAGCAGAGGAGGUCCGAUUACUGCUCAAACAACUAUUCCAGGAUUCUAGAGGAGAAUCAGCUAAGGUGGCACUGACAUCAAAAUUCUUGGACCUCACAUUCAAUAACAUGAUGAGGAUAAUUGCAGGAAAACGCUACUACGGAAAAGACGUCGUGGAUCAAGAAGGUGAAUUGUUGCAGGAUAUCAUAAAAGAAAUGGAGGCACUUCGUGGGAGCGCAAAUCUAAAUGAUUACUUUCCAGUCUUACAAUGGGUGGAUUACCAAGGGGUGGAACAAAGGAUGCUAAGAUUAGCAAAGAAGAUGGACGUGUUCUUACAGGACCUAAUCGAGGAGCAUCGGACCAACUCAUCUGCAUCUGUGAAUCUGUCCGGUGCAAGCAACCAAAAGAGAAACUUGACUUUGAUAGACGUUAUGUUAUCAUUCAGAGAGAAUCUCGAAUUCUACAGUGAUCAAACCAUCAAAGGUGUUAUACUGACAACACUAACUGCAGGAUCUCAAACAUCAGCAGCUACACUGGAUUGGGCAAUAUCACUUCUACUUAACCAUCCAAAAGUACUGCAAAAGGCUUUUACUGAAAUAGAAACUGUUGUUGGACUGGACCAUCUAUUGGAUGAAGCAGAUAUACCAAAGCUAAAUUACCUGCAAAACAUAAUUAAUGAGACAUUUCGACUCUUUCCACCUGCGCCUCUUCUAUUACCACAUGAAUCAUCUGCAGAUUGCACUGUUUGUGGGUAUUAUGUACCUCAGGGCACAAUGUUACUAGUCAAUACAUGGAGCAUGAAUAGAAACCCCAAGCUCUGGGAGGACCCAGAAAAAUUUAUGCCAGAGAGAUUUGAAGGUCAAGAAGGUGCAGGGAAUACACUGCUUCCAUUUGGUGCUGGAAGGCGAGCUUGUCCAGGGGCUGGUCUGGCCAAGCGAGUGAUAAGCCUAACAUUAGGUUCCCUGAUUCAGUGCUUUGAAUGGGAAAGGAUUGAUGAAGAAGAGAUCAACAUGACAGAGGGAGCAGGGCUUACCAUGCCAAAAGCUAUCCCAUUAGAGGCACUAUGCAGACCUCGUGAGGCCAUGAUCAACCUACUCUCCACACUUUGAAGCACAAAAACAACUUUCUCUAUAAUAAGCUUUAAUGUUUGUUUACUUCCCGGUGAUAAAAAGAAGGAUUCUUAGUGAAGUAACAUCAAAUAAGUCAAAACUACUCAUGAGCUUGGGAAAGUUGUUUAUGCAUUAAGUAAUACACUAGGAUUAAUGGAGAGAAUGAGAGAUGCAAUUAGAGAGAAAACAAGAACCAUUCGAGAUUAUCAUAAUUCAAUGAGUUAAAUAAUUUCUUUU